AGAGAGAGAGAGAGAGCAGCACUCACAUUGCCCUGGCUUCUUCUCCACUCCACAGCAGCCGUUGAGAGAGGCGGAGAGCGGAGGAGAGCGAGCGUCAGAGCGCUGGAAGCAGCAGGGCCACAGAGCACUUGGCUCAGAAAUCAAUGCACCGUCGCUAGAAGACGCCGCGAGAGUGAGGAGACUUUUGGAGAUCAGUAGAGAGAGAGAGAGAGAGAGAGAGAGAGAGAGAGAGAGAGAGAGAGUGAGCAGCGCACAUUGGUGAUAGAGAGAGAGGGACAUCAGGGAGAGAGGUUUGAGAGACAAACUGAGGCACAUUUGAAACCAUCCACCUGAUUCCUCAACCUGGGUGCCGUGAAAGAAAGACAAGGGAAUCUUAUUUACACUCAAGCUCUGUUUAGUGCUCUGCUGGUGUCCUAGUGAGGCCCAUGGCUAAGGUACAGAGGUGGUCAGCCGGCCCUCCACAAGGCUGGCUGCUGGGCCUGGCUCUGGUCCUGCUCCUCCACGGGAGCCAGGCCGCCCCAUCGGCCAGCGAGCCAGGGUCCAAACUGGUCAGGACCACCCGGGUCAGACGACAGGCCCCGGACGUCCAGACCAGCCCCGGGAACCAAACCCUGAAGGAGCAGCCCAUGGUCUUCAACCACGUCUACAACAUCAACGUACCCCUGGAGUCUUUGUGUUCGCUGGACCUGGAGUCCAGCGCUCCCAGCCAGGGGGCCGAGGCUUUGUCCUCGGGGCCCGAGGGGUCCACCGACGCCAGCGGUGCAGGCGACAGGUACGAAAGGCCAACCGGACCCACAGAGUACAUGGAGCAGACGGUGGACGCGGACAGCCAGGUGACCUUCACACACAGGAUCAACAUCCCCAAGCAGGCGUGCGGAUGCCCUGCUACCGCCACCGUCCAGCAGCUGGCCUCCAGGAUCGAGAUGCUGGAGAGAGAGGUGUCUCUGCUCCGGGUCCAGUGCAGCUCCAGCUGCUGUGGAGAUAGCUCAGCUCUGGGUCGCCUGGACUUUCUGCCGGGCUGCAGCGGGCACGGCAGCUUCAGCAUGGACCUGUGCGGCUGUGUGUGUGAGGACGGCUGGGCUGGCAAGAACUGCUCCGAGCCCCGCUGCCCGGACAACUGCUCCGGCCAGGGCGUGUGCGUGGAGGGGGAGUGCGUGUGCGACCGCGACUUCGGAGGAGACAACUGCUCGGAACCCCGGUGCCCGGCCGACUGCUCGGGCCGCGGGCUGUGCAUCGACGGGGAGUGCGUGUGCGAGGAGUCCUUCACCGGGGAGGACUGCACCACGGGCCGCUGCCUGAACGACUGCUCCGACCAGGGGCAGUGCGUGAACGGAACGUGCCGGUGUCGCCCUGGCUACGUGGGCGAGGACUGCUCUCUGGUCUACUGCGCCAGCAACUGCAGCCAGAAGGGCCUGUGCAAAGAGGGCUUCUGUGUGUGCCAGGAGGGAUUCGCCGGAGACGACUGCAAUUCAGUCUUGAUGCCAUUGAACCUGCGGGUGAGUGGGCUGACGGAACGUACCAUCGAGCUGGAAUGGGAGGGGUCGGCGAUGCUGACGGACUACCUGGUGACCUACACGCCCAGCGGUCCUGGUGGCAUCCAGCUGGAGGUGCGCCUGCCUGGGAACACCACGGCCUAUUCCAUCCAAGCUCUGGAGCCUGGCGUGGAGUACAACAUCAACGUCUACGCCGUGCUCAACAACACCAUCAGCGUCCCCACUAACACCGUUGUGUCCACCUAUCUCUCCAAUCCGAACGGUUUACUCUUCAAAUCCAUCACGGAGACGUCCGUGGAGGUGCAGUGGCAGCCUUUCUACUACUCCUUCGACGGCUGGGAGAUCAGCUUCAUCCCCAAGGACAAUGAUGGAGGUAUGACGGCCCAGCUCCCCAGCACCAUCACCUCCUUCCACCAGACGGACCUGACGCCCGGGGAAGAGUACAGCGUCAACCUGGUGGCCCUCAAGGACCAGGGCCGCAGCCAGCCCGUCACUGCCACCGUCACCACACUGAUCGACGGGCCCACGCAGCUGGUGGUGCGCGACGUCUCCGACACCGUGGCGUUCGUGGAGUGGAUCCCACCCAAGGCCAAGAUCGACCAGAUCGUCCUGCGCUACGGACUGGUGGGUUCGGACGGGCCCAAGACCACCUUCCGCCUGCAGCCCGCCCUCAGCCAGUACUCCCUGCAGGUGCUCCGGCCCGGGGCCCGCUACGAGGUGGAGGUCAGCGGCGUCCGCAAGGGCAACGAGAGCGGAUCCAUCUCCGCUGAGUUCACCACCGAGAUCGACGCCCCCAAGAACCCGCGCCUGGUGCAGAAGACGUCCACCACCCUGGAGCUGGAGUGGGACAACAGCGAGGCGGACGUGGAGGGCUACCAGGUGGUCUACAGCACCCUGGCAGGAGACCAGUACGAAAAGGCCAUGGUCCCUCGAAGCGAUGGACUCUCCACCAAGAUCAUGCUCAACAGCUUUGCUGCCGGAACAGAGUAUGGCAUCGGCAUCUCUGCCAUCAAGGACCAACCAGAGCAUCCUGCCACCAUGAACGCCAGAACCAGUCUGGAUGUGCCCAUGGACCUGACAGUGACCGCGUCCACCGCAAACACCAUCACCUUGGUGUGGGGGGUGGUCCCAGGUCCCAUGCCACUACAGGUCACCUACACCUCCUCCGCUGGUCUCAGCACGGAGGUGACGGUCCCCAAGGACCAGCCCAGCACCACCCUGAUGGACCUGGAGCCCGUAGAGUACACCAUCACCGUGGCCGCUCAGAGGGGCAGGCAGCAGAGCACGGCGGCCACUAUAGAUGCCUUCACAGGGUCCCGCCCUGUGACACACCUCCACUUGUCGGAGGUCACCUCCGAUUCCGCGGCGGCGGCAUGGAAUGCCCCGGCCCCGCCCGCCGACCUCUUCAUCCUAUCGUACGCCUCGCAGGACGGGACUGACACCUCCAAGGUGACCCUGGACGGGUACAAGACCCGGGCAUCCGUGGAGGGGCUUCUGCCCUCCACUCAGUACACUGUCAGCCUCAUCACCAUCCAGGGAGACCUGACCUCCGAACCUGUCACAGCCUCACUCACUACAGGAAUGGACCCCCCCAAGGAGGUGACAGUGUCCUACGUGACAGAGGAUUCUGUUACCGUCUCCUGGAUCAAACCUCUGGCUCCGUUUGACUACUACAAGAUGUCCUACCAGUCAGUCAAAGGACGGAUAGACAGCGUGGCCAUCGAUACAGAGGUGACCAACUAUACCUUAUCCAGCCUCCACCCAGCCACAGAGUACCAAAUCAACUUGAAUGCUGUGAGGGGAAGCCAGGAGAGCUCAAUAGUCACAACCAGUGUGUUCACAGCCAUGGACAUGCCAACGGAGCUGACGUCUCUCGGCAUCCUGCCCCAAGGUGCCCUGCUCCGCUGGAACCCUCCUCUCUCCAGCGUGGAUAACUACGUCCUCACCCUCACACACAACCAGCUGACGGCCGACACCUUCCUGGUGGAGGGCACCAAGCAGGAGCACCAGCUGAGCCAGCUCACCCCCAGCACCACCUACUCUGUGGCCCUGUACGCCACUAAGGGGCCCCUGACCAGCGGCACUGUCAUAGCUAACUUUGCAACACCGAUGGACGCACCACAGAACCUGACGGCCAGCGAGGUGAACCACCGCAGCGCCCUCAUCUCUUGGCAACCGCCCAUCUCUGACAUCGACAACUACAUGCUGACUUACAAGUCAGCUGACGGCAGCAGGAAGGAGUUGAUCCUGGACGCUGAGGACACAUGGAUCCGCCUCGAGGGUCUGGCCGAGACCACAGAGUACACGGUCAGACUGCAGGCAGCAAGGGGCCUGGACACCAGCUCCAUCGUGUCCACAGCCUUCACCACAGGGAACCGCCUGUUCUCCACGCCUCAGAACUGCGCCCAGCAUCUCCUGAACGGGGAGAGCCUAAGUGGCGUGUACACCAUCUACAUCAACAGAGACCCUAACCAGGGGGUCCAGGUCUACUGCGACAUGACCACAGAUGAGGGCGGAUGGAUAGUUUUCCAGCGUCGUCAGAACGGACUGACAGAUUUCUCCAGGAAGUGGAGCGACUACAGGGUCGGUUUUGGGAACCUGGAGGACGAGUUUUGGCUUGGUUUGGAUAACAUCCAGAAGAUUGCCACCCAGGGUCGCUACGAGCUGCGUAUUGACAUGAGGGACGGUCAGGAGUCGGUCUACGCCAACUAUGACAAGUUUGCCAUCGGAGACGCCAGGAACCUGUACAAGCUCCGAAUAGGGGAAUACAACGGCACCGCAGGGGAUUCCUUGAGCUACCACCAGGGUCGGCCCUUCUCCACCAAGGACAGGGACAACGACAUUGCGGUCACCAACUGUGCCCUGUCGUACAAAGGAGCCUGGUGGUACAAGAACUGCCACCGAGCCAACCUCAAUGGCAAAUACGGGGAGUCCAGACACAGCCAGGGUAUUAACUGGUACCACUGGAAGGGUCAUGAGUUUUCCAUCCCCUUCGUGGAGAUGAAAAUGAGACCGUUCAACUACCGCAGCAUUAGCGGCAAGCGAAGGAGAUCCGUCCCUGCAUAAGAAAACCCCCAGACCCCCUAACCCUCCCAUUCCCUCUUCUCCCUCCCCCUUCCCUGGGAUACACCCUAUCUCUAGAUAGAUACAGCUAUGCUCUACUUUUACACUAAGGCGUGAGGUGUGAGCUAUGUCAUUUGUUGAAAAGAUUUUGUAUGACAGUGCUUCUUUUUGCUAAUGUUAAGGAGGCAGACAUGGAGGUGUUUGUUUUUAGCGGUUUGCCUUGAAGUUCUGGGACUUAAAGAACAGCGCUCAGAGUUUAGCUUUUGUGAACUCUCCUGUACAUGGCUAGCGUUUUGUGCCCCUGAAGAAGAAAAAAAUCAUUUGAUCAAAAUUCUAUUUGCCCUGACAACA